UAAGAUCUCUGUGGUUUUGUUCUCGGAGAACUAUGCUUCUUCAAAUUGGUGCUGGACGAGCUGGUUGAGAUCUUGAAGUGCAAGGAAGAACAAGGACUCAAAGUGAUGCCGAUCUUUUAUAAAGUGGAUCCAUCUGAAGUAAGAAAACAAACCGGAAAGUUCGGAAUGGGUUUCUUGAAAACCUGUCACGGAAAGACGGAGGAGCAAAAACAUAGUUGGAGGCAGGCGUUGACCGAUGCUGCCAGUAUUGUUGGCGGCCAUCCUCAAGAUUGGGACAAUGAAGCAGACAUGAUCACAACAAUUGCCAAGGAUGUAUUAGAUAAAUUAAAUGCGACACCAUCAAGAGAUUUCGAUGAUUUAGUUGGAAUUGAAUCUCACAUUGCUAGAAUGAAGACUUUGCUAUGCCUUGAUUCUCAAGAAGUGAGGUUAGUAGGGAUAUGGGGUCCUGCAGGCAUUGGUAAAACCACUAUAGCUAGAGCUUUAUAUAGCCAAUUUCAUGAAAACUUCAAACUUUCUAUCUUUAUGGAGAACGUGAGUGAAAGUUAUGGUGGAACUAACCUUGAUAGCUAUGGUCUAAAGCUGGGCUUACAACAAAGGUUUCUGUCAAAACUUCUUGAUCAACACGGCUUGAGAAUAAGCCAUUUAGGCGCAAUAAAAGAAAGGCUAAAGAACCACAAAGUUCUAGCCAUUCUUGAUGAUGUGGACAACAUUGAGCAACUCCAAGCUUUAGCAAAGGAAACUCAAUGGUUUGGUAAGAAGAGCAGAAUCAUAGUGACUACGCGAAACAAACAACUUUUGAUUUCACACAAUAUCAGCCAUGUUUACAAGGUGCCUUUUCCAUCAAGAGAAGAAGCUCUUGCUAUAUUCUGCCAACACGCCUUCAGAGAAUGCUCUCCCUCGGAUGAUUUUAAGGAUAUUUCAAUUGAAUUUGCAACUCUUGCUGGUCAUCUUCCGCUAGUUCUACGCGUUCUUGGUUCAUUUAUGAGAGGAAAAAGUAAGGAUGAGUGGGAAGUUUCUCUGCCUACUCUAAAAACUAGACUCAAUGGAGAGAUCGAGAAACUAUUAAAAGUCGGGUACGAGGGCUUACACAAAGAUGACAAAGCUCUAUUUCUUCACAUUGCAUGUCUUUUUAACGGUCAUCAUGAAACCUAUGUGAAGCAGAUGGUGGUAGCUAAUAGUGACUUGGAUGUUAGCUUUGGACUUAAAGUCUUGGCGGAUCGGUCUCUCAUACAAAUAUAUGUGGAUGGUAGAGUGGUGAUGCACUCCUUGCUACGUCAGUUGGGCACAGAAGUUGUUCGGGAGCAAUCUGUGAACGAGCCAGGAAAACGUCAAUUCUUGAUGAGUGCUAGAGAAAUUUGUGGCGUUCUUUCGAAUAAUACUGGCACGGAUUGUGUAUUAGGUUUGUCCGUAGAUAUGUGUGACCUCAACGAAGAAUUUUAUAUAAGUGAGAAUGCAUUUGAAAAUAUGAGGAAUCUUUUAUAUAUAAGAAUCUACAGGAGUAAUGAUCCAAAUACAAAUAAAAUGAAGUUACAAGAAGAAGGUCUAAGUUAUCUGCCACAACUAAGGCUAUUGCAAUGGGAGGCGUAUCCGCACAUGUUCUUGCCUUCUCAUUUCCGAACGGAAUGUCUCGUGGAACUCAACAUGUCUCAUAGCAAGCUUAAGACGUUAUGGGGAGACAAUGCUCAGCCGCUUAGAAACCUCAAGAUUAUGAAUUUGAGCAACUCUCCGAAUCUUGAAAGCUUUCCAAAUCUUUUGGAAGCAACAAAGCUGGAGAGAUUGGAUUUGAGUUGGUGUGAGUCUUUGGUGGAGCUUCCUUCUUCUAUACAGAACCUUCAUAAGCUCAGCUUGUUAGAGAUGUCUUGUUGCACAAGUCUAGAGAUCAUACCAACCAACAUAAACUUAGCUACUCUAUCUCGCCUCCACUUUAGAAAUUGCCCUCGACUGAAAACAUUUCCAGAGAUUUCAACAAAUAUAAAUUAUCUGAAAAUAAGAGGCACCGCGAUCACUGAGGUUCCUCCAUCAGUCAAGUCCUGGCGUAGAAUUAAAGAAAUUUGCAUGGAAAGUGCUGAGGUGAGGAUAUUAAUUAAUCUUCCUUAUAUUUUGGACACUCUAUGUUUGAGGGGUAAUACUAAACUGGUGGCUAUCACAAACUACCUCAUAAGGCUACGUCGCCUGCGCAUGAUCGACAUCUCUUUUUGCGUCAGUCUCGUGUAUCUACCGAAGCUUCCGUACUCAGUACGCUAUUUAACAGCUUUAAACUGUGAGUCCCUUCGAAGGUUACAUGGCCCUUUUCGUAACCCAAGCAUCCGCCUCAAGUUCACUAAUUGCUUGAAGUUAGAUCAUAACGCACAAGAAAUGAUCCACCAAUCUGUUUUUGAUGUUGUUAUCUUACCUGGCGGACAAGUGCCCGCAUACUUCACUCACCGAUAUAAUGGUAACAGUGGUUUUUAUCAUUUCACGUUCGAUGGAUCUGUCAGCUUCUAUAGCUUUAAGGUAUGUCUAGUGCUAGCAGCGGGUACAAGAUUCGAAAGUUGUCAGACAUCUUUCUACACAAGCUUUCGUGGCAAUCCGAUAAAGAAGUAUUACACAUAUAUAUUGAAUCAGCCCCAGCUUAAAGUGGAUCAUAUAUGCAUGUUUGAGUGUGUUUUGCCACCUGACUACGAUGGUCCGCCGUAUUUGGGAACUCGUCCUAGUACGACCAAAUUGUUCAAGUUUGACUUCAAUUGUAAUUAUGGCUGCAAAGUUCUGGAGUGUGGUCUACUAUUCUUGGAAGCUCGUAAAUCUUUGAUCGCUGCAAAAAGAGCCGAGUCUAGUUCCACAUGUCCAAGGCCUGCUAAAAGAUCCAAGGCACAAGUGUGAUUGUGUGAAGCUUAUAGAUUGUUCAUUUCAUAUGCUUUU